AUCAGUUUCAAAAAUCUCCAUCCAUCUCUGUUGCUAAGUAAUUAAAAAAUAAAUUAACUAACCAAUCAAGGCAUUAAUUUAUUCCUAACCAAAAUAGAGUAGAUAUAAAUACCAAACUAUCAAUUAAAGACUACAAAUUAGCACUCCCAAAGAUGAACGUUUCCAGGUUACUAAACGACGAUAACAAUAGUAAGGAUAAUACCAGUGAUCAUGUCAGUGGUUUAGAAAACACAUAUUUGUCCUGUUCUGAUCACUCGCAAUCUUCUUCACCAAUUCCAAUACCAGUUAUACCAGCUAUGCCAGCUAUACCAGCUAUACCAGCUAUACCCUCUAUGACAUCUGCCGGUAUAAACCAAACAGGAAUUAUUUCUCCUAGAAAGAGAAAUUAUAACAGAAUGAUAAAUGACAACCAGCUUAUUAGUCCACAGUGUAAUUACUUUAAUAGCCCUCAAACAACCCAUUUGGAUAAUAUGAGUCUGACCAGUCUCAACCACAAUCUCAUAAUUAAUAGUAAUAGUGUGGUCAACUCUGGCACCAUUAGCAACAACAUCAGCAGCACUUCUAAUAACAUUUACAGCAAUAACAAUAAUACCAACAAUUUGAACAUGCAUAUGAACUUAAACCACAACUUGAGCAGCACCAGUAUAAAUAACGGCACCAAUAAUUAUGAUUAUAAUAACAAAAUAAAUAACGAAAUGGCACAACCCAGGUCUAAAUCCUUAAACUUGCCCUCGAAAAGUAUAUCAUCAUUUAAUUUUGUACCAAGGGACUUAAGAUCUGUUUCUUAUCCUGAAGCUGGAAAGAAAAACUAUGCCACAAAUAGUAUAGAUAACUGUAACAGCAACAAUAUUAAUAGCAUGAACAGCAUAAGCACUAUGAAUAUGAAUAAUAUGGUCAAUUCCAACAACAUGGAUAAUUCCAGCAUAAAUAACAGAAGUCCAUACAAUUUAUUGAACAGACCAGCAGCACAUAUGGAAAACUCAAGAUAUCCUAUAACAUCUAUGAUUAAUAAUAACUCGCUUGAUCACAAAUACUAUCCGGUUGAAGUGGUAUCAAUGCCGCCAGUGAAAUCAAAAACAAACAAAAGAUUCAAGAAAAGCAACAGUCAUUGGUCGUCAGAAGAAGAAAUCGAAUUAUUUAGAGCGAUUAUAAUGUCGUUGCCUCGAUUGGAUUAUAAAAACUUAGCUAAAAAGCUAAACAAAGAAGACAGUCAAGUUGUCCGAUACAAGUGGAAAACAAUCUUGAAUAAAUUUGAAAAAGAGUUGAGGGAAGGAAAUUUAACAUUUAAAAGGAAUCUGAGUGGAUCAAGUUUAAACCAAGAAUAUUCAUAUUCGGAAAGUCACAAUGAUAACUCUGGAAGCGAAACUCCUCAUGACAAUGACAAUGAAAGCGAUGAUAACAAUAACGAAAACGUCAAGAACGUCGCUAAUACAAUCAAUAAGAAGAUGCAGGAGAGAUCGAUUUCUGAAAGCUCAGUGAUAAUUUCAAAUGGAUUGGUGACUUCUCCAAUUGGCUCAUUUCGUGAAUCCAGCCCUUUAACAGACUCUAACAAUCAGAUGAAUAUCAGCGUCAGUAAUACUCACUCAAUUCUCAGUUCAACUAAAUCAGGUCCUGCAAUUUUACAAACUGAAGCCAAUAGCCAUUCAAACAAAACAGGAUAUGCCAACUCUUGCUCAUCGUGUAUUUUUAACUCAGAAUCAGACUACUAACAUUGGAAACCUACCAUUCAGUUCUUUUUCAAUUAAUUUUUUUGUUUUUAAUCCUCAUUUAAUCAUUUAAUUAUUUAAUUAUUCCGCUGUUUUGUUACUUAAUUUAAUCAUUUAGUUUUUCUUCACCUGUUUGUUCUAUUUAAUGUUUUUUGUCUCAUCAUUUCUUCUGUUUGCAUUAUGUUCUAGCCUUGCUUCUACACAUCCACAUUGGCUCCGGGCCUUUCUAAUUCACUUCACUUACGUGAUAUAUAGUUUUAUAUUAUACAUUUCUGUUCAGUUUCUUCUCUUUCCUGCCUUUUCUCUAUUGUUCUCUUCCUUUCUUCUCUCUCUUCCUCUUUUCUUAGAUAUAUAAACACACUGCCAAUUGAUGCAUGUACAUGCAAGCAUACAGACUAAUGCAUACUUAUACAUUGAAAUACAUAUAUUGUCCAAAC